AUGAAACUCUGGACGAGCGUGCUCUUUUCAGGCCUCGCCUCCGCGGGCGCCCUGGUCAACCGUGAUGGAGACGACGCCCUGGCCAAAUGUCCCGGCUACACGGCGUCCCACGUCAAGACGUCUGGGUCCGGGCUGACGGCCGAUCUCAGGCUCGCGGGGAAGGCCUGCGACGCGUACGGCGACGACUUGAAGCAGCUUGUCUUGGAAGUCACCUACGAGACCGACGACCGGCUCCACGUCAAGAUCCAGGACAAGGACAACCAAGUAUACCAGGUGCCGGAGUCCGUGUUCCCGCGGCCCGGCGGCUCGUCGUCGGCGUCCGCGAACCGCCCCCGCCGCCGCGACACGCACGAGGUGCUCUUCGACACGUCGGCGGCUCCGCUCGUCUUCGAGUCGCAGUACGUCCGGCUGCGCACCCGGCUGCCGCAGGACCCGUACCUCUACGGGCUCGGCGAGCACUCGGACGCCUUCCGGCUCAACACCACAAACUACAUCCGCACGCUCUGGAACCAGGACAGCUACGGCAUCCCCGAGGGCGCUAACCUGUACGGCGCGCACCCCAUCUACCUCGAGCACCGGGACGGCGGGUCGCACGGCGUCUUCCUCCUCAACUCCAACGGCAUGGACGUGGUCAUUGACAAGGCCCGCGACGGCAGCCAGUACCUCGAGUACAACACGCUCGGCGGCGUGCUCGACUUCUGGUUCUUUGCCGGCAAGACGCCCACCGAGGUCGUCCAGCAGUACACCGAGGUUGCCGGCCGGCCGGCCAUGCCGCCGUACUGGGGGCUGGGCUUCCAUCAGUGCCGGUACGGCUACCAAGACGUGUUUGAAGUGGCCGAAGUCGUCUACAACUACAGCAAGGCCAACAUCCCGCUGGAGACAAUGUGGACAGACAUCGACUACAUGGACCGGCGGCGCGUCUUCUCGCUCGACCCAGAGCGCUUCCCCCUGCCCAAGAUGCGCGCGCUCGUGUCGCACCUGCACGCGAACGACCAGCGCUACGUCGUCAUGGUCGACCCGGCCGUGGCCUACCAGGACUACGCACCGCUGACAACGGGCCUCGAGCAAGACGUCUUCCUCAAGCGCGCCAACGGCUCCGCGUGGCUGGGCGUCGUGUGGCCCGGCGUGGCCGUCUUCCCGGACUGGUUCGCGCGCAACGCCGGCGCGUACUGGGACGCCAUGUUCGGCAGCUUCUUCCACCGCGACACGGGCGUCGACAUCGACGCCCUCUGGAUCGACAUGAACGAGCCCAGCAACUUCCCCUGCGACUUCCCCUGCGACGACCCCGCCCGCUGCCCGGCUGGCCGUGCGAGCUCCAGCCCGCCAACACCACCGACUGCUACCGCUCCUCUGCCGAGAUGCCGCGCUCCAGCCGCUGGUGACGACCAAAAGGGCCUCCCCAACCGCGACCUGCUCUACCCCAAGUACGCCAUCCACAACAAGGCCGCGUACAAGGACUCGUGGAACGGCGCGCAGGGCGGGCUCUCCAACCACACGGUCAACACCGACGUGCGGCACCAAAACGGGCUCUCCAUGUACGACACGCACAACCUCUACGGGACCAUGAUGUCGACGGCGUCGCACGCGGCGAUGCUCGCGCGGCGGCCCGGGCUGCGGCCGCUCGUCAUCACGCGGUCCACCUUCCCCGGGGCCGGCGCCCGCGUCGGGCACUGGCUCGGCGACAACCUCUCGACAUGGGCCAAGUACCGGGCGUCGAUGCGCACCAUGCUGGCCUUCACGUCGCUGUACGGCUUCAACGUCGUGGGCUCGGACGUGUGCGGGUUCGGCGGCGACGCGAGCGAGGAGCUGUGCGCGCGGUGGGCGGCGCUGGGCGCCUUCUCGGCCUUCUUCCGCAACCACAACUCGCUCGGGCAGGCGCCGCAGGAGUUCUACCGCUGGCCGUCGUACCUCUACGGGCCGGCGCUGCUCGUCGCCCCCGUCACCGAGCCCGGCGCCACCUCCGCCGACGUCUACCUGCCCGCCGGCCUCUUCUACGACUGGUACUCGCACCGGCCCGUCCGGGGCGCCGGCCGCACCGUCACCGUCACCGGCGUCGACACCGCCUCUAUCCCGCUCUUCCUCCGCGCCGGCGUCAUCGUCCCCGCCCGCCUCAACGCCACCCUCACCACCGCCCAGCUGCGCCUCCAGCCCUUUGAGCUGCUCGUGCCGCUUGACGCGCGCGGCCGCGCACGGGGCGAGCUGUACCUCGACGACGGCGUGUCCCUCGACCAGCACGGCAGGCACUCCCUCGUAAACUUCACUUACGACAACGGCCGCCUCUCCGUCGACGGCGUCUUCGACUACGCCGGCCCCGCGAGCAUCCGCAAAAUCACCCUGUUGGGUUCGGGCUCCGAGCCCGCGCCCGGCCAGACGACGACACACUCCCUCGCCGGAUCCAGGACGUAUAGCCGCUCCGUCGACGUGGACUUGUCGCUCGACAGGGCUGCCACGUACACGGUUGGCAAGUGA